AUGUUCGUCCGUUGUUUCUCGAGCACUGCUCGUACCCUUCAGCAGGACCUAUUGAAGAAAUACUACUCGCCAGAGCUACUCAAAUCUAUCUCAAUUGCAGAGAAGGUGAUCCCUGAGAAUGUCGAGUUCAAGCCCCAGACAAAUGUAGAGUUCUCGCCUCCAUACUUGGACAACUUUGCGACGCUUCAUCCUUACUGGGAUUACAAGCCAAACUCACCACAUUUGCAUUCCGGCUCAUCUUCAGUCUUCGUACAACAGUUGGAAAAACAUCCGGAUUUGACCCCACCAGUGGGAUCGUACACCCAGACUGAGGGUAGAUCUGAGGUUCAGAACAUUGCCAAUGGUAUUCAACUUCAAACGGGCUUUGACGCACAACAUAUUUCCAGGAAACUAGUGAUGAAGCCAUUGAUAUUGAAGAUGGUGUCUAACCAAACGGCCAAGGGUAAGAUUCCCUCUUUCUACUCGUUAGUUGUGGUGGGUGACAAGAACGGUAUGGUUGGUAUCGGUGAGGGUAAAUCGCGUGAAGAUAUGGCGGAGUCUAUCAAGAAGGCGCACUGGGAUGCUGUCAGAAACUUGAAAGAAGUGCCAAGAUUUGAAAACAGAACUAUAUUCGGUGACAUCGACUACAGAUACCACGGUGUAAAACUAUUUUUAAGAGCAGCCAAGCCAGGUUCGGGUCUAAGAGUAAACCAUGUUAUUUACGAAAUAUGUGAAUGUGCAGGUAUUAAGGAUCUAAGUGCUAAAGUUUACAAGAGUAGAAACAUUAUGAAUAUUGCCAAGGGUACUUUGGAAGCAAUCACCAAGUCACAGAAAUCUCUAGACGAAAUUGCUCUUGGUAGAGGUAAGAAGAUUGUUGAUGUGAAGAAAAUUUAUUAUUCUGCUUAA